GCCGCGCCGGGCAUCCGGACGGAUUUGAAGGUGACGGACUCUGCCGGACACCUGCUGUACUCCAGAGAGGAGGCCAAGAAGGGGAAAUUCGCCUUCACCACGGAAGAUUACGAAAUCUACGAGGUCUGCUUUCAGAGUCACGGACAGCCAGGGAAUUUCCGGCUCCCCGACCAACUGGUCACCCUCAAUGUUAAACAUGGGGUCGAAGCAAUGAAUUACGAAAGUGUUGCAAAGGCUGAAAAGCUGAAACCGUUGGAAAUAGACCUCCGUCGGCUGGAGGACCUUUCAGAAUCCAUCGUCAAAGAUUUUGCCUUCAUGAAACAACGGGAAGAGGAGAUGCGUGACACCAAUGAAUCCACCAGUGCUCGCGUUUUCUACUUCAGCAUCUUCUCCAUGCUCUGUCUGGUCAGCUUAGCGGCCUGGCAAGUGUUCUAUCUAAGACGGUUUUUCAAGGCCAAGAAACUCAUCGAGUGAUGGAGCUCCGUUCCAGGAUCCCACCCUUCCUGGUCUCCUUGCCUGAUUGUGCCAAGAUCUUGGGACAAACCACUCUGCCUCCUAAUUGGCCCCGAAAUCUCAAUGGGGCAACAUGGGAGUUGGACUGGAUCUCUUUCCGGCCACAGACCGGUUGGAAAACGGCCUGCAAUCCCUGUUGGGGUGUGUUCCUUUUCUCUGGGACCAAUUCUGGUGAUCUUCUCACCAUCUCUGAAUCUUGGGGGUGGGAUUGGAGGACGGGCGUUUCAUCUGACCGUCGUUGAUGUAAUUUGCACACACUGGAUAACAUUCGGAAGUAAUAAAUAUCGGCGUGGGGAACUCGUUUCAA